CCAGGAGCCUUCGUCGCCGCGAUUCCCAAAUCGUGGAGUUCUCCCGCCGCCCCCAUCCUCCCCCUUCACCGCCCUCACCACUCUCCCCUCUCGCCGCCCCAAUCCCCCCUUCACCGCCCUCACCCUCCCCUUUCGCCGCCCCCAAGCUCCCGCGCGAUCACCAUGGAGGGCAUCGCGGAGGAGCUGGGGGUGCCCGUUGAGGUUUUGCUGCGGGGUCUCCCGCCGACGGCGUCAUCCUGCGCCGUUUCGCGCGCCUCGGCUGCCACGCGGAUUUCCUUCGCGUCCGAGACCCGCUGACCCCGGAUGUGAUGCGGCCAGAGGAGGCAUUUGCCCGUGUUCGAGGUCACCUCAUGCCGUACAUGACCCUAGAGGACGCGGCGGCCAUCUACCGGGCCCUGCGGGAGGAGGAGGGGCCCGCGACCUCGCAUCACCGCGAGGUGGUCAUCACCAACCGCGAAGUCCUGCUGGCCAAGUACGACUCCUACCGCAGCAUCGUGGAGCAGGCUGACUUGCUGGACAGGGUGAGCGUUCAUGUGGAGGAGGCGUUGACGCUUCGUCUCCAGGCGCAGUUUCAGACUUCUGUUGCAGAUCUUGGGACGGCCCUGACAAGUCUUAGGGAGCACGCAUGGCGGAUGGUGUUCCUCUACCUGCGGGAAGGCAACAUUUUGGAGGCGAAGCAUUAUCUUGAUAUAUGCUUUCCAAGGGUAUCCCAGAUUAUUGACAACAACCCAUCUAUAGCCUUCCAAGCUUAUGAACAUCUGUUGACAACCCUCGAGGCCGAUUUUGAUGGCGAGGAACUGGAUCCGAUGUUUCACAUGCACAAUUUCUUGGCUUGCUUAGCAUGUUAUAGAUUGAUGUACAUCAAGGGAACAAACCUAGCAUUCAUCAUCUCUUUGGUUGAGUGCUUUGUGGCGGAUAUGGUAAAGAAGAGGGAUUAUCUGAUGGGUCGACUCACAGUACGGACAUUGAUCGGCGCUGCACCCACAAAUUAAGUGCAUGCAGCCUAACCAUAUCAUGUUGGCAAGAGAGGGAUUUUGCGGGCGCAUGUGCAUGGAUUGGGUCUUGUCUAGCGUGCGGCGCAUGCAUGUUGGAGAGAAAACGAGAUUUACUGGUCUCGGUUGUUUCAAGGAGUCCGGGUGUCGCGCGAAAGUGCAUUAACAAAGUAAAUUGUGCGAGUAAUUAGGGGCUAAACUGGAAGCAAUCCCCCCGUGCUACCCCUCCUUAGCAUGUUCUCUAAAAUGCACUCUACUAUAUUAUGAAAUGGAAGGUUUAAGUUCCAAACAGGUCUAGUAGGACCGUGCGUUUGCAAGCUGCUUUGUUCGACACACACUAGUGCCCCUCCUCGGUAUAAGGAAGGACUAACCUUGGGACACACACUAGUACCAUGUCCGUUUGUUCAACACAGCAUCAAUCCAAGUGCCGCAGCAAGAGAUGUGCAACUGCUUUGGUAGGAAUCAUGAUGGCUUUAAGGCGAUUGGAUCGAGCAUAGCUUCACCAUUUCACUAGAUGCUAUAUCUACUUCAGAACAAUACGCCAAAAUCAGAACAUAGAUGCUAUAUCUACUUCAGAACAAUACGCCAAAAUCAGAACAUACUCGAGAAGUAGGAAGUGAGAGCUACCUGCCUUGCUGGAGCUUUGGCGCCUCACCAGAAUGUUGCCGCCUCGCCUGGCUUGCGUGAGAGGGAAAUGGGGUGGCUGUAUGGGGGAGGGAGGCGACCAUUUGAAAUUUGAUUCACAUCUGUAAGAUGGCCAUUGAUGUGUGUUAUAUAUCUUUUGCAGUUUCUUUUGAUGGAAGUCCAAGUUCAGUUGAUGUUAACAUAUUUGAAAAUUGAACUCAGAUAGCCUUUCUCAGUUGUAGUUGUCACAUGUUACUGUUGUAUUCUGAUACUGUGUUUUGUUUUGUAUAUUCAUGUC